CCGGGACUCCCGUGGACUCCGGACCGGUCACAGCACACAGGCCGCCUGGCUGCCGGGCACAGAUGUCCCGCUCAACGCUCCACUUCCACACCGGGGGAGAGUCGCCCUCCCCGGGGCAGUAUAUGGAGAACGGCCGGGUGGAGGAGGAGGAUGAAGAGGAGGAGGAGGAGGAUCUGGACGACGAGCUGGACGCUUCACGGCUGGAGAGGUUUAUGAGAGACAGGAGGAGAGCCAGGUCCCUGCCUGCCUACCCGGCGGCGCUCCUGCACGGAGUCUCCGGUAACAACGGGAGGAAGCGGGUGAAGUUCGCCGACUCCAUGGGUCUGAACCUGGCCAGCGUCAAGCACUUCAGCUCGCUGGAGGAGCCGCAGAUCCCGAGUAAAGUUCUGUCCAGACACAAGAGCUUCCCGCCGCCGCAGCAGGACUUACUGAACGAGCUGUGCCACAGCUUCACGUCCAGCCUGCUCACGGACCGGCUGCUCACGUGCUUCCCGGAGCCCCGGGAGGUGGAGCGGAGAGUCCAGCUGCUCCGCGUCUGCCUGGAGAAGGUCACCAUCACCCAGUUUGACGUGCGGGGACAGAUCCGGGUCUUUACCGGCUGCAGCAACAGAGAGGUCGGAGUGAGGUACACCUUCAACGACUGGCUCUCCUACAUGGACGCGCAGGCUCUGCCCGUGGCCGCGGAUCAGCCGGGCUUCGUGGGGGAGCGCUUCAGCUUCACCGUGUACACGCCGCCCUUCAUGGACCCCAGCUCGGCCGUGCACUUCGCCGUGUACUUGAAGAGUGGGGAGGGGGAGUUCUGGGACAACAACGAGGGGCAGAACUACACCCUCAGGUACCACUGCAUGCCCGGCGCCGAACCCUUUGUCAGCGCCGCAUUCCACGCCACCUGAUGGGUGCGUAAAACCUCCAAAUCUGUGCGUAAAACCUCCAAAUCUGUGCGUAAAACCUUCAGAUCUGUGCGUAAAACCUUCAGAUCUGUGCGUAAAACCUCCAAAUCUGUGCGUAAAACCUUCAGAUCUGUGCCUACCAGCUCCCCACCUGCCCCCUCUGCAGCUGCUGAUCAAAUACUUCAUCUGUGUGAUGCUGUGUGUAAUGUGCUGAGUCGUGCUGAGCUCAGAGAACUUGUGUCAGAAGAUGCUGUGAUCAUCCGGAGGAAGGUUCUCCCUCAGUGAUCCUGUGAGUGGGAAACAGUCUCUGAGGAAACCACAGCUGACUUUGUUUUCUGGAUAUUUUCCUGAACCUCCGCCUGGAUCGAUGGACACAGAAACAACAGACUGACUCUAUGUGUCAACAACCUUCUGUCCAACAGACAGAAACUCAGUCCUCUCUCUGCUGCUCAGACUGUUGAUGAGAAAACCUUUUCAAAAUAAAACACUAAAUAUUUCUGUGCUCUUUCAUGUUCAGUUCUAUAAUUAUAAUGAAUUAAGAACACAAGGAUGGUACGAUAAUAAUCUGAUACAUUAAAACAGGUAGUCAGUGAAUUUAUCCCAGUAUUAUUAGUUAGUAUUAAAGUAUUAAAGUAACUUGAUUACUUUCCGUUAUUGUCGGAUUGUAAUAGAAGUAUUGAUGUACCUGUAGGUGAUAACCAGCUGUGAUCAGCCCGUUGCAAAUAUGAGCAGUUAUUGAUCGUGACAUUACCAAACGUUAUGUUAUUAUUAGCAUAUUGCCAACGUUAGUAUUUACAUUUCAACACUACACCAAACAAAGCAGAGCACCAGAGAGCUAAUGAUGACACCAAAUAUGGAUCCCAUCAUUCAGUCUGUUUGUUUACAGUCGAGCAGGAUACAAGUCAACAUCUCUCCUGUACGUGAGAUCAGUCAGCUCCUCAUCCUGUCUGUCUGUCUGUCUGUCUGUCUGUCUGUCUGUCUGUCUGUCUGUCAUCUUUACAUGAAGGCCAAAGUUCAGAAGUCCAGCGCCUCUGAAAAUAGUCCCAUUGAUAAACCUGUUUGAUCUGUCAACACUCUGACGUUCAGAGUGAUGAAUAUUUCUUCCUGAUGGUUCAAUAAUAAUUUCAGUCGAACUUUCACAGACACAAAUUAUGUUUCUGUAUUUAAGAAAAAUCAAGAAAUAAUUAAAAGUCACGACUCUGCGAGCAAAACCAGACUUCAUUGUAAACUCUAAAUACUACAAUACCCAUGAGCCUUAGCUGCAUGCUGCAGAGCUGUCAUUGAUGGCGUGAAGAGAUAAACUGAGCCUCAUCCCUUAGCUUUAGCUCACUGUUAGCGUAGCACUUCACAGAAUUUAAAACUGAAAUGCAUCUUGGGAGUCGUAGUUGACUUCUGUCCUUCAGUCUUGUACCUUUAACUUUUUUUUAUCAAAGAUUUUUUAAUGUAGUUUUCUUUCGUACACUGUAAAAAAAUAAUUCAUUUUAAUUUUUUUCCUGUUUAUUUUAAAUACAUGAAAAUAUGAACAGAAUUACAAUGUCUAAUAUAAUGUCAAAAUAAAUGACUUAUUAUUUAAUAGAAUUGUUAAAGUCAAGUUUAAUACUGUUAAUAUGUUUAUAGAAUUAUGUAAAAUCAUUGACAUUAACAGUAAAUAAAGUAUUAGUUAGUAAUAACAAUCCAAUAAUAACAGCACUCUGCUGUAAAUGUAAGUCUGAUUAUUGUAUUAUAGCAGAGUUCACCUGGAUUUAUAGAUCACUGUUUACACUGUAAAUAUCUUUAAUUAAAAGACAAAAAAUACACAAGAUUUUAUGUAAAAUUAAAGCUAAAAACUGUAUUUUAACAGUCAUUAUUUUCUGUUAUUUUACUGUAACUGAGUGUUAAUUAUUCAACGAUCUCAUCACUGUGUCUCUGAGAGGAUGAAGAAGUAAUGUAAUGAAUCAUAAAACUUUACUUAUGACGUGGAAA